AUAAUUACUACAAUCACACCACUGCAAAACAAUAGGAUACUAAUCUUUUAUUUUCCUUUAAAUAGUGUUAGAAGCUUACAUAAUUGUUCUGCAAUUUGUGGUGGCUACAGUUACCACAGCGCUGCUGUAGUAAUAUCUGUAGUAACUCUGGUAUUUUGACGUCAACUAUAGUUACCCAUAAACGCUUUCCGUGUCAUUAUAUACUACUACUCGUCUUUCCAAGUAUGUAACGUUAGGGAGGGCAAGUCCAGACUGAACUAUGGGUGUGACAAAAAGAAAAUAGGCGUUGCUUUUGCCAUUCAGGAGUAAGAUGAAAAGAGAGACAAGCAAGACGUGAUUUUGACGGCCACACGAAGACUCACUCCGUUCAGCCGACUCGCUUCGGAUCUGAUACGGACUCCACUUAAAAGACGAACCGACUCCGAAUCGCUCGGAUAUAAGAAACGUACGAGGACUUGACAUGAAAAGGCGAGAAAGGGAUCUGAAAUAAGGCCUCUGGCAUUCUCUGUAUCUGUCUUUCUUUCUUUUAAAAUCCAGCAUAAUGCUACGCAAGUUCAGUUCAGAGGGUGCGUUGUUGGAGCUGGACUUCUUGCCCUGGGGGGAAAGAGAUGGGUCCUCGGACACUUUGGAGGAUCAGCCGGAUGGAGCCUCAGCAUCCUAUCCUUGCACCCCAGAUGCAAAGUCAGGGGAUGCUGGGAAGGGGCAGCUUAAAAGAGAUCACAGCAUUAGUAUGGAAAAUCUGGUCGAUUUGGAUAAGGACUCUGCUUUACUGAAAGUGACAAGCCUUAAUGAGAGUUUUAAAGCGUACAGUGACAGCCAGCUCGCUCCCAGUGCCAAAGGCAGCUUUGAGAGUGUGGGAAAGUGUGAAGGCCAACCCUACUCCCCGUCAUCCACAAUGAAAUCCGGCCAUAUGCCCGUCUCCCCAAAACCUCCUCAUUAUCACCGACAGCAAGCUCGGGCCAAACUGACAGCUGCUAAACUACACCUGAAAAGUUUGUUUGGACAGGGUUCACCGCAGUCCUUGCAUACAAAUCUGACGAGUGCAGAGCACAGAGAGAACGUAACCAGCGCUAAAGAGAGGCGUUCUCGAAUGCCUUUCCUCAGGCAGUGGAGUCAGGUGGGCCACGGCAGAGCUCGACUCAGCAGGAAGGAGAUGGAAACUUGGGCCACGUCCCUUGAUGCUUUGCUGGAAAGCAGAGUGGGUGUCACAGUGUUUGAAGCAUUCCUGCGAUCCGAGUUCAGUGAGGAGAACCUGCAGUUCUACACGGCCUGUGAGCAGUACAGACAGUCAUCCAACAAAUUCAGCCUGCAGAGGCGGGCAAAAAUGAUUGCUGAGACCUACAUCCAGCCGGGUGCUCCCAGAGAGGUGAACCUGGACAGUAAGACACGAGAACUGACCGUGGAGCUCCUCAAAGCCCCGUCUCACACUUCCCUCUCACACGCCCAAAGGCGCAUCUACUGCCUUUUGGAAAUGGACUGUUACCCCCGUUUCCUCCAGUCGGACAUUUACCUCACACUACUGAGGGAUUCCUAUUAGAACAAAAAAUGGGCUAAAUGUCCGAAAGUGGAGUCAUCCUAAAAACUAAACGGACAUCACGCCUGGACAUUGGAGACAGCAAACGAGUCUCUGUGAUGUUGAAAAAAAUCAUCUUAACUACUGAAGAACAUUUUAGUGAAAUAAAAAGGGGAUGAUGCGAUUGUCUCGAACUUGAAUGCAUAGCGUCUAAAGGGUCACACAAUGGGGAAAGAAGUGCUAAUGUUUUACAAACUUGAUAUGGGGCUUUUCCCAGUUGCUAGACUGAAAAGAUAUUCUAGAUUGAUAUCACUGGACUAAAUGACAUGUUGACAGGCAACAAAAGGAAAAACACGUCUGGCAAGAAUGGGCUGUUCAGUGAAAGGCCGAGCACUCAUCAGGGUCAAACCAGUCUUUGACUCCAACCGUAUGUGUGGUUACAAAGAAAUAAGUAUGACUCAUCCUAAAAUUUACUUUACCAUAAAUAAUUCCAUAAUUUAGCUAAAUGGAUAUUCAAACAAAAGCACUCACCAAGACAAAAAUAAAACAGACUGUUAUAUAAAUAAGCAAUAUGAACACAAGUACUAUAAAUAAAAGCUGAAAACUUCCUCACAGGCUUGACAUACGGCCAGUUUUGAGAUAUUUUCAAAUCCUGUGAAUUAGCAUAUUGUGACUUUAUGAUGCAUGUUAAAGCUGUGCAAGAAGAAAAUAUAACUAUAGACACUGAAAUCAGAGGUCUAUCGCUGAGUUUGGCUCUUGUUUGAAUCUAAAUAAUAUGAACUAAUGUUAAUGAAAAGGGUUUUGGUUGUUUUUAGGUAAUUGUAGAAUUCAGUUCUCAUACUUAAAUGACACUCUGAAGAGCGUGUUGCUGGGAAAUGCCACAAGUUGGCAGGUUUAAAAAUGCAGACCCCAAGCAGGAACCUGCCUGACACCAGCACAGUAAGCACAUGUUAGGGGCGUAACGGAAACGGUACGUACCUUGGUUUUAACGUCACGGUUCAGUAUGACUUCAGUACAGAAGGGGGAAAAACUACACUUUUUAAUAAGGUUUACUGAACAAGUUGUUCUUUCUUUAAAUACAUUCAGUUAUAAUUAAAAAAAAAAAUCUUAGUGAUAAAAAUCUCACCUUAGGGAGCCCUUUUACACUAUAAGGUUACAAUUAACAAUUUAAAUAAAAAUUAAACCUAAUUACUAUGACUUUUUUUUAAUAUAAUAAUCAAACAUGUAAACUUGACGCUCUGACGUGUCCACCGGAGUAGUGUUGCCAAGUCCGCGGUUUUUCCGCAGAACUGGGCUACUUUAACACUGUUGCUGCGGGUUGUUUUUGAUGUCCGCGCUCUGCGGGUUGAAGCGACCCCAAUAACAUUAUAUUUAGCCCCUGAAAUAGGAAUUUACAUGGGGAACCCUGACAAAAAUGUGUAUUCUAUCCCCCCCUCGAAACGUGACUGGGCUAAUUUUGGGCUAGUUUUGAAUAGCAGUUGGGUUCAGUAUGAUGUUGUUGUUUUUUUUUUAUAAACAGUAGUUUACUGAACAAGUUGCUCUUUCUUUAAAAACAUUCAUUUAUAAGUAAAAUUUUAAAAUAUGGUCAAUUACACAGUGGCUGUCAUAACACGUUCUAUAACAGAUUAAUAUAAACGUAUGUUAAAAAAAAUUAACAGGUAAAGUUAAAUAUAAUGAGUAUUUAGUGUAAUAUUUUGUGAAAUACUCUUCUCUAGACUUAAUUAACAAACUAACGAGCUGUGAUGACUUGCCUGAGGUAAAUGAAAUGCUACAUGACGUUUUAUUUCCAUGCUGUUUUGUUGACGUCUUUCUGCGGUUGAAACACGGAUUGAGCAAUUACAUUAGGCAUGAUUUGUUCAUACAUGUUAUUUCACGUUGAAACUAAAACGAAACUGGCAUUCUAAAGGACCCCAUUUUGCACAAGUCUGCGGCGUGUUACAGCUUUGACGUGGCUGCCGGAGCAGUGUUGCCAAGUCCGCGUUUUUUCCGCAGGAUUGGGCUACUUUAACACUGUGGGUUGUUUUUGAUGUCUGCGGGCUGAAGCGACCCCAAUAACUUCAUAUUUAGCCCCUGAAAUAGGAAUUUACCUGGGGAACCCUGACAAGAACGUGUAUUUUAUCCCCCAGAAUGCAAUUUUUAAUGGUGGACCCCCCUCGAAACGCGAUUGGGCUAGUUUUGGGCUAGUUUUGAGUAGCAAUUGAGCUUUAACAUCACAGUAGGGGGAUACAGAAGGGGGCUCUGACACGGUUGCCAAGUCCGUGGUUUUUCCACGGAAUUGGGCUACUUUAACACUGUUGACGCAGGUUGUUUUUGAUGUCCGCAGGUUGAAGUGACCACAGUAGCCCCUGAAAUAUGAAUUUACCAGGGAAACCCCAUGUGUUUUUUAUCCCCUGGAACACCCCUUAAAACGAAAUUGGGUGGGUUUUAUUGUGAAAACCUGGCAACCGUGCACCUGAGCUGAUCGCGGCCACUGUAGUCAAUGCUUGUGUUGAUACCAGCACGUUUCUGAACCGUCCCAGAAAAGGAUUUUAUUGUUCGAAUUUCCUGGAGCAAAAAAAAUGCUGUACUUGUUCAGUACACAUGCGUACCGAACGGAAAGACCUGUACUGAAAAUUUUCAGUACGAAUACGUGAACCGUCACACCCCUAGCACAUGUACAUUUCUGAAAAGUUCUAUAUACUUAUUAUUGUGCACAAACAGCUGAAGAACAUCUUAAAAAGAGCAGUUCACAAAAAUGUAAACUUGAACAUCUGAGGAAACAUUUUUGAAAUGUAUAUUCCAGAUGAACGCACAUAUCGAAAAAUUUCAGCUUGAGAAUGAAGGCAUGUGAUGUGCUGUAUGUGUUUUAGUGGCUCUUUAUGAUGUCUGUGAAUGUCACACUUGACGGUACAUGUAUUAUUACUGUAGACAUGCUACUAAGAACUGCAUGCACUAAUGUCCUUGGUCAAAUGUAUUCCAAGGAUUUAAUCUGUUUGCUGGAGUAUAAUGUCAAUGAUUUCCUUAAGGGAAUGAUGUAAUGAUGUGAUCAGUGUAGAAGAAUGAGCAUCAGUUUGACUGUCAAAGUAUUUAUGUUGUUCGAGAGCAGCGAUAUAAAUGAAUGAACAGAACAGAUGUUCAACCGUUUAAUUUAAUUUCCACAAAAAAAGUCUGUUUUGUAUAGACCUGUUUUUGAGAAACAUUAUAAAAGGUCAGAUUAUAAAAGCUCAAGCCAUAAAAUAAAUAGCUGAAAAUAAAUAGGACUGAUUAAAAAAAAAAAGUUACAAAUAGCUGCUGAUGUUAUUUUCAUUAAAGGUCUUUUUUUCACUUUUGUGGUUUAAUAAAAAUUCCUAAAAAUCA